AGGUCGAAGACGAUCGGGAAAAGGAUCAGACGAUCGUCCCGUGUUACAAAUCCCAAAUCAAUCCAACUCCUUCCCGGCUUGGCUUGGCUUUGCUUCGCUUCCGCAUGCCUCCUCGUCGCCAUCUUCCCAAACCCUAGCCCACGCCGCCCUUUCCCCCGAAACCCUAGAUCUCCCUAUGGCCUCCGCCGCUGCGGCGGCCCCAGUCGUGGGCCAGGUCGUGGAGCGGUUCCGCGCGCGGCUGCGGGAGGAGGCGGGAGAGGAGCCGGGGGCGGCCGCGGUGGUGGGCGUCUACAAGGAGGCCCUCGCCGAGCUCACCUUCAACUGCAAGCCCAUCAUCACCGAGCUUACCAUCAUCGCGGGCCAGCACGCCGCGCUCGCCGCCAGGGGCAUCGCCGACGUCAUCUGCGCCCGCAUCCUUGAGGUGCCAGUCGAGCAGAAAUUGCCAUCUUUGUAUCUGCUAGAUAGUAUCGUGAAGAACAUAGGAAGAGAAUAUGUAGAGGACUUUGCCACUCGAUUGCAGAAGGUAUUUUGUUUUGCAUACAGGGAAGUUCAUCCCAAACAGCAUCCUGCAAUGCGACACCUCUUCCGUACCUGGUCGCAAGUGUUCCCUUCUUCUGUCCUUCAAGGGAUCGAGGAUGAGCUUCAGUUUUCUCCUUCAGAGAAUAAGCGUCCUGCCACAACGACUAUUCCGCGACAGCCAGAGUCGUUAUCUCCUAGGCCAUCUCAUGGCAUCCAUGUAAAUCCAAAGUAUCUAGAAGCGCAACACCAACUCAAGAAUGGUACCAAGGUGGAUCAGCUAGCAACUCGAGGCAGGCAAAUGCUUGACGUGGCGGAGGAUCAUAUUAAUGGGUUAACAACAAAUAGUUUGCGGGGAUUUCCUUCCACUUCUUCAAAGCUCCAGAGAUCUAUGAUACUGUAUACUGAAAAUCCUGAUCAACAAGAAACAUUUCAAUCACGUAUUGGAUUGAUAAGAAGAGAUAUGUCCAGAUCACCACCUCCUGAUGUGCUCCCUAGGAAUGCAUCCCCAAAAAGACCACUAGAGAUGCCGCAGCUGUCUCAUUCUGUAUUGGGGCAUGAUCCUAGAAGAUUGCCUGAUAGAAAUGGUUGGUUUGAAUGGCAACAUGCUUUUGAGGAUAGUGCACAACGGCCUUCGAUGAGCACGCUUGAUGAAGAAUAUAGGAAACAAAGUGCAAGAGAACUUAUUGAUGCCUACGGAAAUUCUCAAGGCAAUGAUGCUGAUGAUAGGCUUCCCAAGAUGCAACGGCUAGAAUCAAAUGGCAUGGCAAGUAGAUCCAGUGCACAAAAAUGGCUCACUUCAGAGGAAGAGGAGUAUACUUGGGAGGAUAUGCGUCCAACUUUGUCCCGAAAUAGAAACAACAUUCUGUCUUUACCUUCCUCUGAAACUUUGAGAGCUGGAUUUCCUGGGCCAAACACUGGGCAGCUGGAUUCUGAUAUUGGGAUGCGCAGCUGGCGAAGCCAGGCUCCUCGACCAGCACUAAAUCUCGAAGACAGGACUGGUCAUGUUGACAUAGCCACUAGUAGGAGAUAUCCAGGCAAUUUUGGUCUGCAAAAUGGAGCUAUUUCAGAGUACCAUAGUUCUGAGAAUACCCUUGAUCCUGGAAGAAUUCUUGCUAUGUCAGCUCCACCGUGGCAGCAGACUAAUGGCCUGCCUUUGCGAAUACAAGCACCUCAACCUUCAUCAACACUGAAUAGGUUGGCACUGCCCACUGAUGUUGAAAUGCCUGUCAAGAUGUUGGCCACUGGUGGUCCAUAUGAUGCUAUGCAUGUAGACUUACCCUUGACUAAUAGGUCCUCGCCUGCUCCUGCUCCCAUAGAAUGGCCUCUUCAUCAUCAUAGUCAACCACCACAUAAUACAAAAGAUAUUAGAGGUGCAACAGAUAGUCUUGAAGUUAGGCCAUUUAUCAGGCAUGGAGUCAAUUCAUCUGUAUUUGUUCCUCGGCAUCUAUAUGAUGCAUUGGAUCGGAAAACUGUAAGUACCGGUAACUUAGCUCAACCACCAUACCAGCACCCAGAUUUGUUGUCAUCGAGUCAACAAAAUCAAGGUACAAAUUUUGGAAAUCAAUCUCAGCCUCAUGAUGUGCCACAGUUUCAUCCUCAUUCCCAUUCCCAUCCUCCGGAGGCAUUUAGAAGCUUUGCCCCCAGCAUGCCUAUAGCUCCCCCCCAAAAUCCAUUCCAAGGACAAGGAGGUAGUGCAGCAGUACCACCAGUUACACCUCUACCAAACACCUUUUCUGUAACACCUACUGUGCAACCCUAUGGUGUGUCGUCAGUGUCUAGUUUUGCUCUGCCUCCAUUACAUCGUGGCCUACCUCCUGCUUCGUUGCAGAUGGGUCCAUCUUCAUCACAAGUUGGUGGGCCUACAACAUAUUUCUCUGGAAUUUUAAGUAACCUUAUGAAUCAUGGUGUAAUUACACUGGAGCCUUCUAGUCAACCUCAGGACUCUGUUGGAGUUGACUUCAAUGUAGACCUCAAGGUGCGGAACGAGUCUGUCAUUAAUGCUCUGUAUCAGGAUCUCCACAGGCAAUGCAAAACGUGUGGCCUUCGUUUUAAAUGCCAGGAAGAGCACCGUGCUCAUAUGGAUUGGCAUGUUACGAAAAACAGAAAUUCCAAAAAUCGCAAGCAAUCUUCACGUAAAUAUUUUGUCACUGUGGGGGAAUGGUUAAGAGCAGCAGAAACGGUAGGAAAUGAUGGUGUUCCUUCUUUCGAGCUCACGGAACCAAUCCCUGACAGAAAUAAAGAGAAAGAAAUGGCUGUUCCUGCCGAUGAAAACCAAACAACAUGUGCUUUAUGUCAAGAGCCAUUUGAGGAUUUCUACAGCGAUGAAACUGAAGAGUGGAUGUACAAAGGUGCAGUUUACAUGAAUGCACCUGAUGGUAAUAUUGUUGGUCUCCAGAGGUCGCAUUUGGGGCCUAUUGUCCAUUCCAAAUGUCGAUCUGGCCCCAGUAAUAUUUCUUAGGUGGGCCUAGCUGGAACCCUUGUCCCAUUAUUUCAGUUUCUUUGGUUGCGGCUAGACAAGACAUGUAAAAUUACUGGAGAAAUCAGAUUUUGGUAUGCUUAGUUUCCCCCCUUUCCUGGCAACAGUUUGAAUAGAUGUUAAUGUGACAAUAGUAGUGUAAAAUUGUAAAAUACUUGUGUUUUAGUGAUGGAGCAUGAGUAACUUGCUCUGCAGUCGCCACAGUUGUCGCCUGCGCUGCUUUUACAUUAAUAUAUGGAACCCUCUUAAUCUAGGCGAAACAAACAUGCUCCUGCCCUUUUCUUGUC